GUACGACGGUAAAUCUCAAUAUUAAUCAUGUUUCUUUAUUUAUUUCUAUAAAAAUUGAAUAAAAUAGUGUAUAAUGGAGACCAGGAAGGGUAAUACGACGUAUGGCGAAUGCCGCUGUUGCUCAGCAAAAGGAAACCACAGAGAUAUAAUGAAAGAAUAUUACUUUAAUGGCAUACGCGAGGUUUACUUCGAUAUAUUUAUGGAAUGCUUCAAUUUAUUCCUAUCAACAAAUGCUCUACUGUCUACCCUAAUAUGCACCACAUGUGUGCAACGUCUCCGAGAUGCGACAAGCUUCCGUAUGAUGGUGGUUAGCACAGAGAGACAGCUGCUCCAAGCGGUGGAAGGAGAGGAUAAAGAUACAGUUUUUGUCAAUGUCCAUGUAGAAGAUACUGAAUCUGAACCAGCAAUGGAAAUUAAACUAGAGAAGGAAACUGAAUAUGUGAAGGAGGAACUGGAACCGGAUGAUGAACGGGAGACAGACGGAUAUGAUUCCGAUUAUGUACCUGAUGUUCUUUCAGACACUGGCUCGGAUACCCAGGAAGAGACGCUAGUAGACCGGGAAGCGGCGCUACUGGGCAGGUUCGCUCGCGUCAAGCUGCCGCCGCUUCCGACGCGACAGACGUUGUCGAAGAUAUGUCCUGAAUACUGCCGGCAACUGGAUUUGUUACAGAAUUUAAAAAUUGUACCAAAAGACCUUAUGCGGUUAAUAGAAGAACAAGAUAGUAAGCGCACAACUUCUAGAAAAGUCUUUAUAUCAGAGAAAUUAGCACACAUAACAAACGCGGGCACCAUUCUCGAAUGUUCCAACGUCACCCCAUUCAAAAGCAAAAGCCGGCUAGGCUUCCCUUGCUUUUACUGUAGGAACGUGUUCGAAAAACUAGAAAAACUUCGCGAACACACAACCCAGCACAAGAAAACAGAAAUUCGACACAUACUCAAAACUUAUGGCGCAGAAUGCUUAGUCGUUUACGUAGAUACGACGGAUCUAAAGUGCACAUUAUGCGACAAAUCUAUCCAGAAUCUCAACAGUUUAAAAUCCCACUUAACUAAUGUACAUAAAAAGAAACUGUAUCCAGAAUUCACUGAUAGAGUUAUACCAUUCAAACUCUCCGAUUCAGGUGUACACGAAUGCCAAGUAUGCGGCUUUAAUUUUGAAACUUUUGGCUCAAUUGAAAGGCAUAUGAAUGUACAUUACAGAAAUUACGUCUGCAAAGAAUGUGGGACGGGUUUUGUAACUAAAUACAGGCUAAAAGUUCAUACGAAAAGUAUGCACGCGGGUGGGAAUUAUCCUUGUGAAGUUUGCGGUAAAGUGUUUUCGACGCAACAGAAGUAUAAAAACCAUGUGAACACAGUCCAUAAGCUGUUAAAGAGGUUCAAAUGCACGAAAUGUUCGGAACGUUUCGCUGAAUACUUCAGAAGGCAAAAGCACUUAGUUCAAGUACACGGUGUAGCGCCCUUACAGUAUAAGUGUAAUGUCUGUGACAAAAAUUUCGAUCGGCGAUACACUCUAUCAAGGCACAUGAAAAGAGACCAUUUGGAAGAAAGAGAUUAUCAAUGUGAAAUGUGUUCUUAUAAGUGUUUUACGAAGAAUGAGUUGAGAGUUCACAUGGUUAAACAUAAUGGGGAAAGGAUAUUUGAAUGUUCUGUCUGUAAAAAGUCUUAUGCUAGAAAGAAAACGCUGAAAGAACAUAUGAGGAUUCAUAAUAAUGAUCGCAGGUUUGCGUGCGCGGUGUGUGGGCAGGCGUUCGUACAGAAAUGUAGUUUAAAAGGACACUUGAAAACUCAUCAUUUGGAAUUUAGUAUGUAAUGUAAUAAAAUAUAUUGUUUUAUAGAAAUCUUGUGUUUUAUUUUUAUCGCGAAAGUAUUUCACGGUAAGCUCGACUAGUUUCGA